AUGUAAAAAAUUGAAAAUUCUUAAUAUUAAGGUUACAAAAUGAAAAACGAUAUUUCAAUAUAAAAAGGAUUUCUCUAUUUUGAUGAUAAUAACUCAUUAUUUUCACCCAGGUCAAAUAUAGACUAUAGAAUUAAUACUGAAGAUUCUGUAGAGUAGUUUAAUGAGAUGCAAGACUACCCAAUUUUAAGUUAAUAAUCAUUUGACAGUAACUAAAGCAAAGAUAUAAUCCAAAAAGGUGGCAAAUUACCAAAGAGAAAAUUUACUAAAAAAAUGUGCCUAAGCCUUGCUACUCCAUAUUCAUUCAAAGAAAAUAAUAAUAGUAACUGGCCCUUAAGAAAUAAUAGUGGUACUUAAUUAAUUAAUAAUGAAAUGAAUUGCUAUUUUAACUCUACUAAUAAAUUUAUUUAGCAAUAGCAAAUAUAUUAGCAACAACCAUAUUUGGCACCGCAAACAAGUACUUCACUAAAUUAAGCUUAAUCUAAUCUAAAAAAACCUAUAUAAUAAUCAAUUUUCUAUAAAAAUGAAAACUCAUCUUCAAUGUUAUACGAUUGUAACGACAAAAAGGAGUUUUUUAGAGCAAUAAAGUUUAAUUUAUUCAACAAAAAAAGAAAUAGCGGUAUAAUUUCAAACAGCUCUUAAGUGAAUAUAAUCUAGCAGUAGAAUAGCUAAUAAAAUAUGAAAAAAUAUAUCUCAACCAAUGAAACACUUUCUGAAAAAAAAAAUUUAUAGAAUAGAGCACCCAUUUUAGUAUAACAAAAUGAUAUAGAUAGUCCUUAAAGCUGUGAAAAAAUAGCAAAUAAUAAUAAGCAAAUUCAAUACUUUUAAAAUUCUUCUAGCAAACCUUUAAACCUACCUAGUUCUAAUUUUAACCAAAUUUAAAAAUAAGCAAAUUAACUCAUCAUACCAAACGAAUUUUUGACACCUCAAAGCCGAAUAAAAAACUCAUAAUCAAGUAGAGUUUUAGCUACAAGCACAUUUAGUGAUUCAAUUGAAUCUUAAACAUAAACUUAAAAUAAAAAUACUCCUCUAACACAAAAAGAUAAAAAAAACAAUGAUCGAAUAUAAAAAAUAAUGAGCUUCAAUUUAGCAAAAGAAAUGAAUAAAAUAGUCUCCAAAAUUAAAUAGUAGAGAUAAAAAGAAUAAAAUCCUUCAAUUUUAAAACUGCCAUCAAUUAAAUCCUCUUAGUCUCUACAAAAAGAGAAGUAAACUUGCUAGAGUUAGGCAAAUUUAGAGUUAAACGAGAUAUAAUUUCCCAUUUACAAUUCCACAAGCAAUUUAUCUAAUCUAAGUAAGCAAAUAUAAAUUUUAGGAACAAAAAAAAAGUAAGUGCACUUUAUAAUAGAUGAGAUAGACUAAUGUUGA